AUGUCCGGCCCCUCUCCAGAACUCCCUCCUCGGGAGACCCCUCAUAUUCGCCUCAACUCCGGACAGCACGAUGUGUUUUCCGACGAGGACCCUCCUUCUCCCGUCUCUUCUCCUCCGCCCCCUCCACCUCCCGAGCAUGGGCGCCCAUUAACACCAUUGAUACCGCAAGUCAGCGAGUCCCAAUCGACGGGAACCCUACAGACAGUAUAUACAACAUAUCACCACGGUUCGACAGAAUUCUUAAUACCACCACGGCCACACCGUACUAGAGACGAGCUGGCGUCACCCAACCUCUCUGUUCUCUCUUCGCGGCGCACAAGUUGGGACUCAGAAGCCGGCAGCUAUGACACAAGAGGAUACAGCCAAUCUCGAGUGCCGUCGCGCGCGGAAAGUGAUGAGAAUGAUGUGAAUACUCAGACGGUUACUGAGAAGUACAAUAUUACGCCAACAGAUGGGCUGUUGCUUUUCCCGGAAGAUGUUGAGAAAGACGAUUAUUUACACAACCCGGACCCGAGUGACAGGGAACGCGAGUGCGAUAUUUGGAACCGAAGGGGGUUAAUCAAUGUUGGAGGUUUGAUCCUGCUUACUAUAGGGUUCUUGGUGCUGUUUAUUGGAUAUCCCGUGAUCACUGCUGUCAGAGGACUUGAUAAGCAUGAAUCGCACUACCCUGAUACACCCAAGUCAGCACAUACGAUGAUAGCAGAGGAUGGUAAAGAACUCAAGCUUGUGUUCUCGGACGAGUUUAAUACUCCAGGACGUACAUUUUAUGAUGGGGAUGACCCCUACUACCAAGCCGUGGAUCUUUGGUAUGGUGUGACGCAGGAUCUUGAGUGGUAUGAUCCCGACGCCGCAAUCACGAAGGAUGGAAUGCUAGAGCUUAAAUUUGAUAAGUUCCCCAAUCAUGAUCUCAAAUAUCGAUCAGGAAUGGUGCAGAGCUGGAACAAGCUUUGCUUUAGCGGUGGUCGGCUCGAAGCGAGUAUAUCAUUACCCGGAGACGGCGAGGUUUCUGGAUUUUGGCCCGGUUUCUGGGCUAUGGGGAAUCUGGGACGUCCUGGAUACGCUGCGAGUACGGAAGGCAUGUGGCCCUAUAGCUACUAUGAUGGAUGUGACGCGGGAAUCACACCGAACCAAAGUUCCCCGGACGGCCUCAGCUGGCUCCCCGGCAUGCGUUUACCGGCUUGCACUUGCCCAGAUGCAGACCAUCCCAGUCCUGGAAAAUCCCGUAGUGCCCCCGAAAUCGAUGUUAUUGAAGCUAGCGUUGCGCCCUUGGUGGGCAACGAGGCCAAGGUGGUAGGAACCGUGUCGCAGAGUUUGCAGAUGGCCCCUUUUGAUAUUUGGUACAUGCCAGACUAUGACUACGCCGCUGUAUACAAUCAGGACAUCACGGCCAUCAACAAUUACAGAGGAGGAACAUACCAACAAGCCAUGUCCGGAGAGACGAAUCUCAAUAACAAAUGGUAUAAUGGGAAAGAAUACCAGACCUAUGCGUUCGAGUACACACCUGGUGCGACUGGAAAUGUCACUUGGUUCGUCGGCGAGGACAAGACAUGGACGCUUGACGGACGAGCAAUAGGCCCGAAUGCAAACGUCGGCCAGCGAACGAUUCCAAUGGAGCCACUGGCCAUUGUCAUGAACCUGGGAAUGGCAUACAGUUUCGCUCCGGUAGAUGACGGGAUAGAAAAGCUUAUGCCUGGCUACAUGCGCUUCGAUUACAUCCGGAUUUAUCAAGACCCUGAUGACAUUAAUGUCACCUGCGACCCCCCAGGCUAUGAGACCACGGAGUACAUCGCCAACCACCCUCUUGCGUAUCAGAACUUUAACAAGACAACUUGCCGGUCUAGUCCAGAGGGCUGCAGCUCGCUUUGGUUUCUGAUGUUAAUGUUCUUGAUAUUGAUAAUAAUUUCAAUUGACUCGCCCGGCACAUUAUUUACUAAUAGUGACUUUAUUCAGAGUUCAGCUCUCAAAACAUGGAAACAUACCUCUUUCAACCGGUCUUCUCGCUUUCGACUCUUCCACGCCUCCAAAAUGUCGUCUCAGCCCAAAAAGGAACCCAAUGCCCGCUCUAGACGCGCCGCUCGUGCCUGCGCCCGCUGCCACUCCCGCAAGGUCCGUUGCGACGGCUCCAUCACCGGCUUUCCCUGCACAAACUGUCGUCUGGACGGCCGAUCAUGUACUCUGCACUCGGGAAAGAGGGACAAGGAGAAGCAGAUGCUCAAGGCGAUUGCUAGGGAACGCGGCUUGAAUCACUGUCCAACCCCAAAUACCGGCACCAAACUGCAUCCGCAGCAGACAGGCUUGACAUUUGUGAGAUCUCAGACGGCCCUCAGGGUUCCUAUCCAAGAGGUUCUGGAUAUAUUCACGAAACACUAUUUUCUAUACGUCCAUCCGUGUCUCCCAGUGGUUGACGAGGCGGUGUUCUGGAGGAAGUACCGGAGUGUCGAUGCAAGUGCCGGCAAGAUCUCGACUUUGCUUUUCCAGGCGAUGCUUUUUGCUGCUAGUCCGUUUGUCCCUGUCGAAACUGUUAAAGAGUGCGGAUAUGACUCUUUACUCUCUGCGCGAGACGACCUCUAUCGACGAGCCAAGCGCCUCUACGAAACCGGCGUUGAAAAAGACCGUCUGGUCACCUCCCAAGCCUGUCUGCUUUUGGCCUACUACACCACCGACGCCGAGCGCUCCCAUAACUCUCGCUGGCUACGCAUCGCAAUCCGAUACGCCAAAAAAGAACGCGCACAUAUAUACCACCAUCUACCCCAAACCGGUCUGGGGCCAGGGAGGAGGACAUCUGACCUAAAACGCCUCUGGUGGUGCUGCAUAAUUCGAGACAGAAUCAUCUCGCUUGGCAUGCGCCGUCCGAUCCAAAUCACCCCAGACCAGUUCGACUUGCACCAACUAGGGCUGUCGUUUCGCGACCUAGAAGAAGAAUGUUACCAUUCGGAGGUGUAUACGCCCGACACGAAGAUUGCUCUCUGCCGCAUCCUUGCUAGCCUAUGCCACCUUGUUGUCGCAGUUACCGAUCUUAUCAUGCUCGUUUAUCCAACAACGCAGGGCAUGCCGUUUAGCCUAACAGAUCGCCAGAUACAGUUGGAUAGACUCGAAGAGACCAAGUUUGCGCUGCUGGACUGGGAACUUAGCUGGGUGGCGAACCCAGAUGGGAAGGAGUACUACAUUCAUCCGUCGUUGACCCUCUAUACAAAUCUUUGCGCGAUAUACUUCCAAUCCGCUCGCAUCGCACUGUGUAACCGCAUAUGUCUAUUAAUCGGCUACAAUACGUACUUAUCAGACGAAACCGACCUAUGUCGAAUCGAGUCCUGUCGUGCUGAGCUCGCAACCGCAAUCCGCUCUACUGCGGAUAAUGUAAAACAGCUUCUUCUCAACGGUGUCGCUGAUAAAUUGCCUAUAAGCGCAGUAGCAUAUACCCUCCUCCCCCAGAUCCUUCUAAGCAUUCAAACCCAGCUCUCCACCACUCCUGAAGACAAGCAACUCCACGAAGUCAUGCUCGUCUUCUUCACCGAGGCAUUCCGCUUUCUUCGCAGCCAGUACUACAUGAGUCUCAUCCUUGCGGUCUCAUGGAAAGCGCUGGAGCUAUGUCGGCCCGCUUCUCCUGCACCGUUACAAUCGUCGGAUCUUAGCAACGCCAGCAACGGCAGCAGCAGCAGCAGCAGCAACAGUAACGGAAAUCAACUAGUCCUGAAGCCCCCCUUUUUCACAGACCUCACCGCAAAUGAUCUAUACUGCCACCCAAACCUUUUCCAGCUGAAACUCACCGAGUACAUCCGGCUGCUGAGCUACGUCGACGAGUUCAUGUCGUUGCGGAGGGCGCCGGGGUUUGGGGAUCUUAUUUAUCCUUCUCCCGCUGUUCAAUUGCAGUUGCAGAUGCCGACGGAUUCGUACUCACAAUCGUAUCCAAGGUCGUAUUCGCAAAGCUCUUCGUCUACCUCGGCUUCUUCUAUACGACAACGCGCUGCCAUAACCGCCGCCGCCGCUACUACUGAUUCACCACAUGACUCCAGUACAAUCUACUCUGGUGACGGGGAGACAGAGGACUCAACUAGUCCCAGGUGGACAGAGGACUACUUUUGGGUUUAUUUCGGGGAGAAGGAGUUGGAGGGGGAGAGCCCACAAACUACUACUACUUCUACCACAACCACUACGGACCCCACUACUAUUAGCAACGGCAGCAGUAGCAACAGAAGUAGUAGUAACAGUGACAGCAGCAGCAGUACUGCAGGCAGCAAUAUGCCGGGCCACGAAGAAAGAUAUAGCUCCGGACUUGGAGCCACAAGCGGAGGAAGCCCUCACUGUAUCUCAUCAUCCCCGUAUGAUAAAUCCGUUACAGGGUCCGAGCCCGCAAUUUCGGUAAAAAACAAGGGGAAAGAAAAGAGCAGCGAUGGUCCUAGAGCGGAUACACUUCAGAAUAUGUUGGAUUGUUUGCCCUUGCUGGGUGAGUAG